AUGAAUUCAAAGAAUAUAGGUGAUGAUAAUCAUGGAGAAUAUAUACAGUAUCCAAGUCAAUCAUCUCAAAGUCCUAUAACAGCAUUUUUAGCUAAAUUAUGGGCACUUGUUAAUGAUUCAUCAUGUGAUGAUCUUAUUGCUUGGGAUCCAUCAGGUGGAUCAUUUCAUGUUUAUGAUCAAUCACGUUUUGCACGUGAAAUUUUACCAAGAUAUUUUAAACAUAAUAAUUUUGCAUCUUUUAUACGUCAAUUAAAUAUGUAUGGUUUUCGUAAAAUGUCGACUAUUGAACAUGGUUCAUUAAAAAAUGAGAGAGAUGAUAUUGAAUUUGCACAUCCAAAUUUUAUUAGAGGACAAGAUUCACUUUUAGAAUUAAUCAAAAGACGUGCACCAGAGACUCAACAAAAACCUAAUUUACAAGGAGGUUCCAAUCCAUCAUCUGCACUUGUUUCAGCAAAUUAUCUUGACUCAGUAUCAAAUCGUUCUAUAGAAUUAAGACAUUUACUUGAAGAUGUAAGAAAUUUACAAACAAAACAAACAUCAUUAAGUGAUAAAUUAUCAUAUAUGCAAAGUGAAAAUCAAGCAUUGUGGGGUGAAAUUGGUUCAUUGAGACAGAAACAUUCUAAACAACAACAAAUUGUUUCAAAAUUAAUGGAAUUUCUUUUACAUAUUAUUACAACAAACACAUCACAAUCCAAUGAACAAUUAGUUGAACAACAAAUACCAAAUGAAGUUCUAACUCCUCAUUCAAUUCAACCAGAACAAGCAGAUACUUCAAAUCAUAUAAAUAAUGUACCAUUAAUAUUAAAUGAACAAGUUUUAUCGCCUCAUACACUUAAACGUAAACAAGCUGCACUUAUAAAUAAUGAAGAACCAAAUAAACGAUCAACUAUGCAACAACAACAACAUCAACAAUUUUCACAACCAACUAAUUUUGGUCGACAACAAAGUGUAACAAUCAAUGAAUUAGCAGAUAAUGAUACAAGUGGAUGGUUUCAAACAACGAAUGCAUCACCAUUGAUUGAUCUUGUUCCAUCACCACCACCAUCAGCACCAAGUUCAGAUGAUAUCUAUCAACAACAACAACAACAAAAUGACUAUCAACUGUCAACUCCAACAAAUGAAUUUCUUAAUCCUAUUCUACAUGAUCCAAGAAAUCGUACACAACAAAACCAAACUUUUCCAACAGUUACCAAUGAAGAUAAGAUAGCAAAUACAUAUACACCAGAUUUUAUCUUGUGUACAGAUGGUACUAAUGGAAAAAAUAUAAAUAUUGGACAGACACCUGGAAUAAAUUUAACUGGUAUUCAAACGUCUCAUGGGGACUCAAUUAAAAAAAUUUCAAUUCCACUAUUAUUAAAAGAAGAACAUAUUGAAUUUCCGAAUGCAUUUCAACAAAAUCAACAUAAUCCAAUAGAUGAACUUGAAACAUCUCCAACAUUAAAUUCAACAUUAUAUUCUCAAAAUCAACAAGCAAAUAAAAUAGAUCCACCUUCAGCACAAAUUAGUUUUUCAUUAGAUGAUAUAACAGGUGAUGUUGAUCAUAUUCAAUCAUCACUUGAUAGUAUUCGUGAAUUAAUGUUUGAUAAUUUACCUGAAGGUACAUCGAUUGAAGAUUUAUUUGGUGAUGAUAAUGGAUUACUUUUACCACUUUUACAAUCAACAACAAAUGAUAAUCAAACUGGAAAUUUACUUUUAGAAAAUCUUCCAGAACAAACAUCAAAUACAGGUAAUAAUAAUUUUGAACCAAUCGAAACAACAAUAAAUUCUCAAUCUGUUCCAAAUAUUAAUAAUCAAUUAUUUGAACAAUUAAUAACAGAAACAGCUAUAAAUGAAGAACAACGUAAUACAAUAGAACACUUAGAACGUGAAAAAUUGAAUUUAACAGAUAAAAUUCAUAUACUCGAAAAACAAGCAACUGAAAGAAAAUAA